UGGUCGAGAAGACGCGCUCGUUGUGUACGUCGUGUGUUAAACCGUUUGGUUAUAAAAAAUUAACCGAAUUCCUCAAUUGUUUGUGAUAAAAUGAUAUCGUGGAGUCGGCCUUGACACAGUACAUCAUAAUAAUAAAAGGACCUCGGACUGACCCAAAAUGUUCUACGCCCACUUCGUCCUCGCCAAGAAGGGUCCUCUGGCCCGGAUUUGGCUGGCCGCCCACUGGGACAAAAAGCUAACGAAAGCCCACGUCUUCGAGACGAACAUCGAGUCCUCAGUCGACGGAAUUCUGCAGCCAAAAGUCAAGAUGGCCCUUCGAACCUCGGGUCAUUUGCUCCUGGGAGUGGUUCGCAUCUACUCGAGGAAAGCCAAGUACCUCCUAGCCGACUGCAAUGAGGCCUUCGUCAAGAUAAAGAUGGCCUUCAGGCCGGGGAUGGUGGACCUUCCUGAAGAGCACCGAGAGGCGGCUGUCAACGCCAUUACUCUUCCAGAGGUCUCUGUCUUCCACGACUUCGACACCCCAAUGCCAGAGCUGAAGGACGUGGAUAUCGAGGCCCAGUUCAGUCUGAAUCAAUCUCGAGCUGAAGAAAUCACGAUGAGAGAGGACUACGGAAAUCUCUCGCUGGUGACACACGACCAGGGCUUCGGGGACAUGAGUUUCGAUGGUGAACCUCCAGAAUUGUUGCGUCAUGGGGCGACGAUGGAGCCCCCUCUGGACCAUGGACACAUGCUGUUCAGCGAUGGCCCCAGCAUCGACUCGACUCUGGAGCCGAAGGAGAAGGAGCCGGUACCAGGGACGUCCGCGACGCAGCCGAUGGACAUCGACACGCCCAUCAGGGAUGAUGGCUUUGGGGGACACCUGGGACAGGACAUCAUAUCAGGGGGACUCUUCGAGGGGGGAUUGUUCGAUGAAACCCCCAUGGGGGAGGUCCCAGUGCCCGAGACUUCUGGGAUUUCCGAGGCUCCUGGGACUUCUCUGCCUACUCCAGCUGCUGCAUCUGCUGAAGAGUCUGAAGAUGACAUGGGGGAUCACUUUGGGGGACCCCCUUCGCCGAUGGGGGGCAUGAGCACCGAUGGGUCCAGACCGACUUCUCCGGUUGCUGCUGGGGAGGAGCUCGGAGGAAGGGCGAGUGUCGCCAGCCACAGAUUUACGCCAGCGCCGCCAACAAUCCCAGAAGAGCACGUGAUGAACCACAUAGAGGAGGCAGCUCCCCUGCAGGACCAGACGACCCUCCUCCACGACGAGGAAGAGAGUUUCGCCCUGGCCCCAGUGGACGCCUCAGCGCUGAAAGGCUUCACAAAAGCGAAACGCAAGCGCAAACUGAUCGUCGACGAGGUGAAGAACAUCUCAGGGGAGGAGAUGAAGGCGCAGCUGUCAGACACCUCUGACAUCGUGACGACCCUGGACCUGGCCCCUCCGACGAAGCGACUGAUGCACUGGAAGGAGACAGGGGGUGUUGAGAAGCUCUUCGCCCUUCCUGGGAGGUCGAUCCCAGCGCGAGUCCUCUUCAAGAACUACCAGAAGCACCUGACGAGUAAAUCCUACGAUCACGAGGACUUCGGGAGGAUCCAGGAGGACGAGGGGCUUCCCCUCGAGCAGAUGAGGGAGGCACCUGAGGAUCAGCUGGGCCUGGACCAGUCCUCCAUCGGGAAGAGACUGAGCAGAAAGAGGAAGGCACCUGCUGACGAGGAUGUCUCGGGGAUGCCUAUGAUGGAGGAACACCCUGUGGAGCAGGAGCCUGAGGCGCCUCCAGCGCCAACUCCAGUCCCUGAGGAGACACCUGUCCAUUAUGAGAUGACUAUGCCUGUUGAGCCCAGUGUGCCAGAUGUCACUGCAAGUUUAAUGCAGACUGAGAGUAUUGAAGCACCUGAGGGCAUUCUACCGCCAGUGGAACAGCCUGUCGAGCAUCUUGGGGAGCCUGAGAUGCCUCAAAUACCUCCAGCUCAGGUGAGCUCUCUCCUGGGGCCUCAGGAGGUGCAUGAGGAGGAGAGGAUGCCGAGCGACUUUGCGGAGACUGGGAUGCCUCAGAUGGAGAACAUGGGGUACGACAGGGAUCAUGGGUUCAUUGGGUAUGAGGAUCAGCAUCCUCUGGCACAGACCCCUGGGGCGGUCUCCGAGAGGGGACCCACUACACCUUGGGCUGAGGACUACGAGUUCCCACCGUCGGUGGGACCUCAGGAGGAACAGCAGGUCGAUGAGACCUAUGAGCAGUUCGAGGAGAGGGUCCUCAAUAAGAGGGCUGCCCAUAUGUAUCAGGUUAUUAAGAACAAGUUGGAUACCAAGGACAGACUGACGCUGGCGGAGAUGGCGUAUAAGAACUCGAGAAAACAGGCGGCCCAAAAGUUUUAUACUCUUCUAGUGUUGAAAAAAUUCCAAGUGUUGGAGCUCACCCAGGAAUAUUCGUACGCAGAUAUCGUGGUGACCAAAGGACCCAAGUGGGACAAUCCAUCGUUGUAAAAAAAUCUUCAAAACUGUAUAAUUCGAUUUUACAACAUUGUUCAUCAGUGAAAUCGGGAGAUAUCACGACGCCAGAAACACUUACAUUAAGAGCCCAAUUAUCUACAUUUUCAGACGAGAAAAGAAAACUGGGAAGUAAAUAUUUAUUUCAUUGUAUUUUUCUUUCGUAUUUUAAUGAUUGAAUAGAUAUUAAGAAAGAGUAUAUUUCUAUGAGAAGAGCAACUAGGAUUAAGUGACUUUUUUUUUUUUCGAAAAACAUAGGUGCGAAGUUUUUUGCGUUAUCUUGAGAUAUUAGUGAGUAAAUAAAUUGAGUGAGUGUGAGUGAGUGAGAGAUUCUCCGUCACUUUUUCUAUGAAAAAACAAAAAACUAAUCAAGGGAAGUGUUUUACAUUUUAUUUAAAAAGCGAGAGUGAUAGAAAUUCGAUGGAAUUUUCUCUUUGCAGAAAAUAUUGACAAUUUGUAUUUCUAUUUUUUCAAUUAUUCGGCAAGGACAAUGACAAUUACCGUAGGGACAGUAUCUAUUCUUUAUUAUUAUUAAAACCAUUUUUUCGGGAUAUUUUUUGCAAAGAGAAAGACAAUUCCGUAGAGAAAUGACAGAACGAGAUGAGUUGAAAUUCUCAUCAACAUUAAUUCGUGAAUAUCUCUAAAACUAUUGGGUUUAGAGGAAAAUAUCAUGAGACAUUUUCUGUAGAGAAUUGAAUUUCCAAUAAAAAGUGUCUUCUGACUUUUUUCUUUAGCCCCAUUUCCUUCGGAGAUAUCCGCGAAAUAAGAAUUAGAUGUGUUUUCGACUCAUUUUCUUGAAUGAAUUAAAUACUAAAUCAAUUAGACACUUUAAUCAAAGAUGCCUUCAAGAUGAUUUUUAGCGGAUAAUUGACCUGAUGUCACUUCUGUUCGCCCCAUCCCACCCUCUGCAUCUCAUCAUCAAGAGUAAAAGAACAAUUAAUUGUUCUUCAAGAAUUGAUUAGAUCUUUUCACGAAGAAAAAUCGAUUGAUCUGGAGUUAAUGGGGAGAUGCAGGCUAGAAUUAUCCAGAAAUAAAAAUCAAACGACGGACCAGUGUUGGAUGGAGAAAUGAUCCCCAUACUUUGCAUCAUCCCCUGAAAGAUGACUAAUCCCUCCAAUCAGUGUUAAAUUCCUUUCCCCAUAAUUUUUUGAUUAAAAAGAUAAUGAGAAUAUCGUUACAUUUGAAUUGAUUUAUAUGAAUGUAUGUAAAAUAAAAUUAUGAUGCUGUA